GUGGUGCGACGUCGUAAUGGUGUCCGCGGAUGUUCGAUGCAGAAGAAUUAAAGGUGCAGUGUUGUUUUUCCUCCGGCCAGUUAAUCAAUGACUGAAAUAUUGUAGACUGAGCCGUGCAAAAGUCUCACGCCCGGUGUUCCUCUCCCCACGUCCCGUUAGUGGUCGCCGACAGGCCCUUUACCUUUUCCCAGCUCCUAUGAUGGCAGCAGGGAAGGUUUGGUGACUGUAAACAUAAGUUAUGUCGUUCCCGUUCUAAUGUUAAAAUAGAAUCGUGUUUAUAUAAUACUUAUUCCGGUGUGUUGUAAUCGUUGAGUAAUGGAAGGCACUAUCGAACGAGAAUCUGGAGCACUUGGCGGACUUUUCCAGCAUAUCAUACAGGACAUGAAGAAUGGGAUGCCCUUAUGGGAGGACCUCAUCGCGAAGGCCACCAAGCUGCAUUCGUCCCUCAAGGCCACAAUCUUGGCGGUCUCGGCCUACUUGGACGCGUUCCAGAAAAUCGCAGACUCCGCGACGAACGCUCGAGGUGCAACGAGAGACAUUGGAACAGCUCUUACCCGGAUAUGUCUGCGUCACAAAGCCGUCGAAGCUAGAAUGAAGAAUUUUACCAGCGUUAUAAUGGAAUGUCUGAUAUUGCCACUACAAGAUAAACUGGAAGAAUGGAAGAAAACUGUUCUGAAUUUGGAUAAGGAGCAUGCCAAAGAUUACAAGAGAGCCAGAGCUGAACUGAAAAAGCGAUCCACUGACACAUUACGUCUACAGAAGAAGAUGAGAAAGGGCGCAGGGGGCGAUGUCCAGAAGCGUUUCGAAUGCGGCUUACAGGAUGUCACGGAGCGCCGUCAGCUGCUAGAAGAGACAGAGAAGCAUGCCGUAAGAGCAGCCCUCGUCGAAGAAAGGGGGAGAUUCUGCUCUUUCGUUGGGUUUCUUAAACCCGUGGUGGAUGAAGAAGUGGCUAUGUUGACAGAGAUGAGUCACCUUCAAGAGGCCGUUCAGCAACUACAGAAACACACUUCUGAUCCACAAACUUUACCCCCUGCUUCAGAACAGGUCAUCGCCGAUCUGAAGAGCUCGGACAGUGGCUGGUCAUUCCAAACGCCUCCUUCUUCACCGUCCAGCUUAGGUUCUAGGAAAUCUUCUAUGUGUUCUAUAAGCUCCAUCAACAGUUCCUCAUCUAGUAGCUCCAAGAGCCACCAUUCGCCCAGUCAUCCUCAUUGGCAGAGAUCCCUAUCACAGCCCGUAAGUCGUGGUACAAUGCGUGUCAUGUCAGUAUCUAGCCAAGACUCUGGAUUUACCUCUCAAGACACACUCUAUCCCAGACCCCCGUCAUCGUUCAGUGUGGCUCAGGUCUCUAAUAUGUCAGAACACAGCAACAACAGCAGCGCCUCCAGUACUCCUUGUACACCUUUCUCGGCUACAACUGUUCCCACAACUACGUCAACCUGGCCGAAUUUACAGGAAACUAUGCAGUUCGAGAGAGCAGCCUCGGCUAUAAUCAGCGACAGGCCGCAUACUAUAUCAUCAGCUUACGAAAAAGGCCACCAGAGGCCCCCUCUCACUGUUUAUACAUUCCAAGCUCCGGAACAGAGCCUUUCUCAGCCUGCCAGUCCGGUUACGUCGAAUCCCACCGAUACAACAGCUCAACCCAAAAGUCCGGCGUCCAGCGUGAAGUCGGUUUCUAAGCCACCUCUACCAACACGGUGCUCCUCAUUAGAAAGACCUAGUGGCCCCAGCGUGCCUGCCAAAACCAUAGCCGGCAUGCAAGGUGUCAGGGUUCUGCCACCAGGAGCCGAACUUUCCGUCAUAAAGAAGCCUUCUCCUCUGCCCACACACCUUUCGAAAAGUGCUCCACAGCCCACGUACGUGAAUAUGCACGAACUGGCCAGCAUGGCGGCCAACAAAGCGCAAGAAAAGAGUUUUCCCCCGCCCCCUGCCGAAUUCACAAGUCCUCCCGAAAAGACAAAUGAGGGAGAAAAAGAGAGCAGUACUAGCGAAAGUUCCCUAGAAUCGUCCAGUGGUUAUGGCAGCCAGACUACUUUCACGGUUGAAGAUUCACAGCACAUUGAGGAUGUUAAUGGUACUGCAAGCAAGUAUUGCACGCUCCCCCGCAACCACGAUCUCGUUAAUGCAGUGAGAAGACGGCCCCUCUCCAUGACAGCCGUAGGUGGUGGUACAAUGCGAAAUAACCUCUUGAGACGUGGAUCCAUGCAAACCCAAAAGCCACCACCGCCAAUCCGAAGAACGUCUUCCAUCACGAAUACGGUUUCUUCUGUGGGCAGUCUGGAGCACCUCCCACCGCCUCCUGCAUUUUUGCUGGAACCCACUAAUCAACAAAAAGCUCAAACGCCAGUUUCAGGUAUCAACGUGGCAGAAACUGUAAAAGCGCUCACAGAACUGAAACACAUGCCGGCCAGCCCGAAUUCCAUCAGAAGGAUGUCGGCCUCCACGCAAAAUAUUUAUCAGAACAUACAGACUGUGCAAACUUCGUCAACCAUCCCGACUCAGGGUCCCGUUCUGAGCACGUUCCAGUCCCAGACGAAGGUGUCGUAUGUGUCGCAGUCGGGCGGAGUAGUAUAUGCACAACCGUCCCAAAUAAUGGGUGGCGGCGGAAGCCCCACCGCCGUAAGACGAAUCAACAAUUUCAGGUCGCAGAGCGCGGACCGAAAAUCUGACGGGCCGGGUGGCGUUGGCUCGAACUUCAUAGCCUCCCUCAGUGCCAAGUUGGCCCCUCAGCUGAGUCCCAAAGCCUCUCGAAGACAUUCCGACGAACCAACGGCAGCCACCAGCAACUCGCCAGUCAACAAGUUGACCCAGCAAAGAAGCGGCCCCGGUCAAAGUUUUUUGGACUCGCUCAAUGCGAAGCUGGCCCAGCAGCACAUUUCCAACGUCCAACAGCCCCAGCUCAAGGCCAACAAGAUCAGGCAGCUCAUCAACAGCAAAGCGCAGCCCGAUCCGAAGGUGUGCCACGAAUCGCUGAUGGAUCAGAUAAAGAGGGGCGCCACUUUGAAAAGGGCCAAGUCAACCAACGACAGGUCGGCGCCCAAAAUAUACUAAACGGAAGAAGAAAGCCGGAUAUGUAUCUGUAGGGGUGUAAUCUUACUGCUCUAGUUGUAAUAUUUGUUAUUUAGCAUUUCGAUUUUAUGUUGAAACUGCAUAUUCGAUGUAAUCAAAAGCAAUUUAAGGUAAUGAGAAUAGAAAAAUUGGAAAAUACUUCCCUAGGGUUCUACAUCUAUCAAAGUGUCGUCGUUUAGCUGAAACUUGAAAGUUCCAGCUCAUAUCUUAUAUUUCCAGAUUGUUAGUGGAAUAAGAAAGACUUAUAAAAUAGUUUUUGCAAUAACAUCGUUUCUUUUUCGGAUAACGACGUGAAACUGAACUGAAGCUUGAAUUUUAAUCUACAAAAUUGUUUCAAUUCUAAAAGAACUUUUAAAUAUGCAAGAAAAACGCAACUUGUGUCAUUGCAGAAACUGUUUGGUGUGGGCUACUUUUGGGAAACUAGCCCAACAACAAAUUUUGUACUUACUCUUGCCAUUUUAGCAUAAUUGAUUUUAAAAUAGCGAUGUUUCAAAUCACAGUUAUACAGGAUCUUUCAAUUUAUAAGUUCCGAGGUGUUUAAACCUGAGAGGUUACAAUACCUCCCGUAAGAGCUUAAGGAAGGUGAGUCGAUUGGAGAAAUAUUGCACCUUCUUUUUAAAACGGUUUAGUUAGUCCAACUUUCAUAUCAAAGAUAGCAACAAUACGAAAGCGAUAAAAAAUGUCUUAAAACUUCCCUGCAAGAUUAUCAUGAACUGUUAUUCCAUUUUUAAAUUAAUCGGUGUUGCUAUUUGUGUACCCCACAGUGUUUUAAUAUUUCUGGUAAAUCCAAAUAAUAGAAAGACACCCGAUUUUUCAGCAAAAUUGAAAAAACUUGUGUGUGUUAACUUGGGGAUAAAUACAGAUCUUAGUACUGUGUUGAGGGCUCUACAGCAAAUAGCCAACCAACAAUACAUUUUUAUACACAUUUUAUUACACUGUCUAAAUAUGAAUUAAUGCACAAAUAACAGA